AGCAAUUACACUUUGACAUUGAUAGUAUAGUUAAAACGUUUCAGACCAAAAAUAACAAAAAUGUACAAGUGUUUAAUAAUUAAUCUUGUCGUUUUUAUAAUUUUUGUGAAUUCAGAUUCACAUAAACCUUUAUUUUUACCAAAUUUGCCGUUUGGUGAAUACCGAAUUAAUUACUUAGGACUAUUGCGAUGUGAAUCUAUCCCUAACAAAAUUGUAUUUCAUUUGUAUCUAAGCAAAAAGUCUGCUAACGCCACUGAAAUCAAAGGAAAUAUAACAAAUUACAUUCCAUUUGAUGAUUCCCUUAAUUUAGAACUCAAUUUGGCGGUAAAAGAUUCCAUUGGCGGUUGGAAGGAGAAUGCUUUUAUAUUAAAGAAAUCAAAAAGUUGCUCGUCACUCAAAAUAUUAUUGGGUGAUGUUUGGACUAAAGUAAUGGAAGGUGGAGGGGCCUACAACGCAACAUGUCCUCUUCCCAAGGGUUUUUAUAAGGUACAUGGAGUAGAUACUAGUGUUUUUAAUUCAGUUAAUGUUCCUAAAACAUUUUUCUAUGGUGUAUACAAAGUACGUUUUUCCAUAACCAAAAUCAAUGAUGUCUAUGGCUGUUUUAUUGUAAUUAUAGAGGUAAAGAGGCCAUGGGAAACUGAUUGAACAUUAAAUUAUCAUUAAACGAUUAUAAAAUAUAUUUUAAUAUUAUUCAUAUCUAUGCACAUGAAUGCCGUUGUAAUUGUUGUUGUAUUUUAUUUAUU